AGGCUAGCAUUUCUAAGAACAUAAUCGUACCAUUAUGAUGAUGACUUAAUAGAAAGUUUUUUGGUGAGAUCUUAUAAUAAAUAAAGCAAUCCAAAUUAUUUAAACCACCUUGUUUCCUUUAUUACAGCAUUUUCAAUACCCUCUCUUUUGGUGAAAGCAUACUAGGAUCCAAGUAGACCUCCAAUAUGAACACUGUAAGUGACUUAAACAAUGAGCGAGCAAUGAGUAAUGAAUGAAUGAUCGCUCUAAACGGAACUAGCUAACAUAAUCUAGGUAAAAUCAUUCUGGUACUGCCACGAAUUUCACAUCCGGAUCUCCAUCUAUUGAUAAUAAAUCUCGACUAACAUGAUGUAUUCAGGGUUGGAUGGGGCUCACUAUGUGUCGGUAUGCUUUGAAAGGUGGACAAAGUCAUCUUUGACAAUCAGGUACUAACAAAGGAUUACAGCCGGCGGAACAGCAUACUAUUUCGCGAAGCAAUCGAUUAACGCAGAUAGAGCUGCGCGAUUCGAGGCAGAUCAGAAACGCAAGAGGCAGCAGGAAGCUCUAGAAUACUCUGGCGGAACAGGUGGUUACGCGGGGUCGGGAAGCAAUGGUGGACCAGCCAAAUCAGACAGUGCCGGUUCCCCAAGCCACGAAGUUUCGACAACUGAGCCUGCGCCGACAAGGCAUGCACCAGAGAAUGAGGGACAACGUGUAAGAGAGAAGAGCAAAUUUGAGCCGACAGAACCAUUUAGGUCGAGAAAGGGCGAUCGAUUCAGUUAAAAUGAGCGACUCUUUUGUCGUCAAAUAAAGCGAUGAUUAUUACGGCAAAUUGAUUCGGUAUUGGCGCGCUGGGUGCUCCUGUAUAAAUAAACAUGUGGAUAAGGUUAGAGUAAUUCCACAGAACUCAACUCCUACCGAUUUCGCAGAUUAUGUGAAUCCUUAAACACACUG